UGAACCUGUUUUGAAAUGUAUAACUUGUUUCAUUCCACCAUCAAUUAAAUGAAGAAAUAAAACUCGUCACAGUUUGAAUUUGAUCUCUGUUGAGCUAAGAUCGCAUUUAUUACGUGUCGCUUCAACUUGGAAGAUGAGCUUCAUCGAUCGAUUGGUCUUGUGGGCAUUUUGUUUGAUGCUCCCAGGCCUUUCUCAGGCAUCGUACCAAUGUGGCAUUCGGAAACACUCUUUUGUGCAACUCGUCCAUCACGGGUGGACCGUUGAGGAAGGUCAAUGGCCAUGGCAUGUAGCCAUUUUUCAAAAGCAAAGAGGAAGUUCCGGAGAUUACGCCUGCGGUGGAACACUGCUGGACGAGAAACACGUCCUAACUGCGGCACAUUGUGCCGUAAAUCGCGAAACCGAAUAUGCAUUACCACCGAGUAAAUUCGAGCUACACUUUGGUCAGCAAAACUUGUCCACAAUAACGCCGAAUGUGCAGAUACGCGAUGUCAGUAAAGUUCACAUCCAUCCGGAUCACUCUUCUCAUCGGAAUGAUAUAGCGGUACUGGUGAUGCGAUUGCCGGUGCGAUACACAGAUUACGUAAUCCCAAUAUGCAUCGAUCAAAAAGCCGACAUAAAUCUGCGAAAUCUUGAAGGUGAACGAGGAUGGAUUACGGGAUGGGGUACGACACAGACGGGUUCAAUUUCGGAUGCCCUGCGUACGGCGUCCUUGCCUGUGGUGAGUUAUCUGCAGUGUUUCAACGAUAAUGAGGCGGUGUUCGGGAAUCUCUUAAAUGAGAAUGUAUUCUGCGCAGGCGAUCGAAACGGAACUAGCCCCGGCACGGGAGAUAGCGGCGGUGGAAUGUACUUCAGUGAUGGAGAUCGUUGGGUUCUGAGAGGUAUCGUAUCGUUUGCCAAAGCGGAUGAACUGAAAAAGGAAGUCGAUACUUCGAAGUUCGUAAUAUUCGUCAAUGUACAACGAUUUCUAACCUGGAUCAGGGAAAUCAUAGCAGACAACACACCACAAUCGGAAAAAGCUCCACAACGAAUCAGUGAAAGAGAAUGCGACAAAUUUAAAGGUCUGGCCAGGAAGCGAAGAAAUAACGUCUGUGAUAACUCAAGAUAUCCCCAUACGGUAUCCAUUAUUUUCGCCGACAAUGUAGCCAAAUGUAAUGGUGUUCUAGUGAGUGAGAACCACGUGUUAACAGCUUGCCACUGUCUCAUUGACAGUGAAGGAAAUAGCCCGUCGAAAGUUCAAAUUGACGCAUACGGUUUAGUAAAUGUUUCUGGAAUGGUGUGUCAUCCUGAAUACAAACGACAGACGACUUACCACGAUUUGGCCGUGAUCAGGUUAAGUACACCUGUUGCGCUAUCGAGUAAUAUACUUCCAGCAUGUUUGGCUAGCAACUGGACAGAGAACCUCUACGACACACUACUACAAACAGGCUUCGGAACAAGCUCGGCCACAGGAAUCAAGAAAUUCAUUGAGUCUGAAGAUAAUCAAGUUAUUACAAAGGGAAAAUGUGAAGAAAUUAUUAUUUCACCGUCAAGACGUUUACCCGUAGGCAUUAUUCCUGGUCAAUUGUGUGUGAUCAAUACCGACCAGUUGAGAACUAGCAGUCAAGGAUCAUCUGGCAGUCCAUUACAGUCCGUCAACACUCGAUCUUGCAUGUAUACAGCAGUCGGAUUAACGAUCUUCGGAAAUCUCGACCAUGAGGAUGCUCGUGAAUCCAAUUCUACAGUAAUUGACGUUUACACUCGUAUUUCUCAUUAUAUAGAUUGGAUUGAGCAUAUAGUUUGGAAUGCUGAACUUCCUGUCACAACCACUACCGUUAGAUCUCGGCAAACUGAAACGUCCACCAGAGCUUUUAUUAAUACAGAUUUUAUAUUUCCUGAUGACUAAAUAAAAUAUUAAAAUAUAUAAAUGGUAUAUAACCGUGUUUUUUUUUUUU